AUGGUUUUAGAAGGUUUAUGCGGCAAUUGCUCUGAUUGCACACGACAACUAUCAACUGUAGCGUGGUGUAAAAAUUGUGAUAUUGCAUUUUUAAAAGAAAAUUUUCAUAGAUGGACCAGUGGAAAUUCCAUAAUAAACGAAUUUAUUAGAAAUACCCAAUUAAACGCUAAUGAAAGUAUGGACUAUUUAGAAUGGAUUGAUUUUGAACAAUUUGAUUUGAUCAAAAAUAUUAAUAAACGAGGUUCUUUCAGCUCAAUUUAUUCUGCAGUAUGGAUGGAGGGACCCAGAUGGAAUCUUGAUGAAGAAGCUGAAUUAUGGAUUCGUAGUGGUCCAACUAAAGUUAUCCUAAAGCGUUUAGAUAAUUCUCAAAACAUGAGUCAAGAAUUUAUAACUCAAUUAUAUAGAUAUUACAAAUGUUUACAAAAUGGAGCGCUUGCAAAUUAUUUUGGCAUGACUAAAGAUCCAACAUCAUGUUACAUGUUCGUUAUGAGAUACUAUGAAAAAGGAAACUUAUAUUCGUAUCUCGAUGAAUCUAUGGGAAUUCUCUUCUGGAAAGAUAUUGUAGAUAUGUUAUGGUCAAUAUCCACGGGUCUCAAUGUCAUUCAUGAAUCUGGUCUUAUUCAUGGACACGUACACGGAGGAAAUAUAUUAGUUAGAAGAAAUAUAAAUACAAUUGAUGCUAAAAUCGCUGAUACCGGAUUACAUGGACCUUUUAACAAACAGAUAUCGCAAAUUUAUGGUGUAAUACCAUUCGUUGCCCCGGAAAUAUUUGAUGGAGAUACACCAACAAAAGAAUCCGAUAUCUAUAGUUUUGGUAUGAUCAUGUGGAUGUUAUCAAGUGGUAUACGUCCUUAUUGUGAUAGACCCCAUGAUUCAAAACUCAUACAACAAAUUUGCUCAGGAUUAAGACCAAGUGAUGUUAGUGGAACUCCACCUUCUUUCGCUAAAUUAAUGCUACAAUGUUUAGAUGCAGAUCCAUCGAAUAGACCAACAGCAUCCCAACUUUACAAACGUUUAGGAAAAUGGGUUUCCGAUUUACCAAGUCAAUUUGAUAAUACUGAAAUUCCAUUCGUAAAUUUGGAAAAGUUAAAUCUUAAGUCUUCAUCACGUCACGAAGGAGCCAUAUAUUUUAGUCGUCCAUUGGACUUCAUCAGUACUAAAUAUUAAAUUUUGUUAGCUAUUUCUUUUUAUUAUUUUUUUUUCGUAAAUUUACAUUACAAUAUAAUACGUUUAAAGAAUUAUUUAGAGAAAAUAAUUUAUUGUUAUUCAUUUCAUGUUUGAGGAUAAAUCGG